CGGCAGAUUGAGUCAUGAUAAUGUAAAUGUAACUGAUUACAAGAUAAAGCUGAUAUCUCAAGCUGUUUAAGUUGUCGACUUCACAGAAUGUAUACAAAGAAUGCGGCGAAGAUAAUACUGAUCGUAAUAGUUACAAUCACGAUCGUUCAUUUCAUCAACACAGCUAGAAACGUUGGUUUUACAACUACAAUUGCAACCUUCACAGCAGACAACAGCGAUCAGAGAGAUCUGACAAACCUACUCAGAAGAGAAUCACCCGAUGUUUUUAACCACCUCCCAGCUCAGUUCCUGAGCGAAUACAAAAGCUUCUGCUGGAGAGAAGAAGAAGACUCUAAACUUCUCUGUUUGCCUAGUGUGUAUUUAGCUGGAAUGCCAAAAUGCGGUUCCACGGACUUGUACCGAAAAUUGGUAUGGCAUCCAGAUUUGGUGCAACCAACCGCUGGUAAAGAAAACCACUACUGGGCAAGAAAAAGGCUAGGAAAACCAUCAAACCACCUUUCAAAGGGAACCACAGACCCCACACAGUUCUCAGCUUUUUUAAAUAAGCUGGGUCCUGAAAAAAUGGAAGGAAACACCAACCUGAUGCUACUAGAUGGUACACAGUCCAUGCUGUGGGACUUGAGGGGAUGGGAGACCCGAUAUUCAGGGCAAAACCAGCCGCCUUACACUAACGCGGACCUGCUUAAUGAGCUGACUCCAGAAGCAAAGAUUCUGGUCAUCACUCGGGACCCCGUUCAGAGAUUAUACUCUGACUAUUUAUACUUUAAUAUUGGGAAUGAUCCAAAUGUAACAGCAUACGGAUUUGAAGCGGCUGUUACCAAGGAGAUGAACAGGUUUCAUAAGUGUUUGGAGACACAAGAUCUUAAGACUUGUUGUUAUGAUUCACAGAACGACCCCAAAUUAAGACUUAAUCUUGGUAUCUACAUCUGUUUUAUAAGAGACUGGAAAAAAGUCUUCGGAGGUAACAUCUUGGUGGUUUCGUUAGAGGAUUACAGUUUAUAUCCCUUCCCAACAAUCUCCAGGAUAUUUUCUUUUCUGGGAGUUUCCCAACCAACGAGUCAACAACUCGAAGACUUUUUGCAAAAUUCAAUUAAGGAGAACAGCCGACGAAAAAGCGCAGUUAAGGAAGGUGACAUGCUUCCGCAAACAAAGAAGGCCUUGCAGGACUUUUAUGGACCUUAUAAUAGGGACCUUUCUCGAUAUCUUGAAGAUACCAGGUUCUUGUACAACUACCAAUGACAUUUAAUACCUUAAUUCUACACUUUGACAGAGUCUCCCUUACUCUUAGCUAAAAUACCUCCAUAUUAUAGAGAAUGGCAGACCAUGUACUGUGACAGUAUAACUUUUGUUUCAACUUGAUAUUGUUUCAA